CAAUUGAUCAUAAAGAAUAUUGUGAAAUUGUAGCCAAGGCUAUAGUUAGACAUAACCUGCCAUUUAGUUAUGUAGAAUAUGAAGGGGUUAGAGAAGUGCAUGCGUUCUUGUUUUUUUAAAAUAUAUUUAAAAAGAAAAAAUAAGAUUUGAAAUAUCAUAUGGUAAUUAUACUAUAUCAUUACCAUAAUUAAUUCUUUAUCCUCUUUGAUAAUUACAAACUGUAGUUACCUCAUUUUAAUUAUGCAUCAUUUUAUGUGGACUAAGUAAUUAAAUGUAUAGACAAAAAUAUGUUAAAUUGUGUAAUUACAUUAAACUACACUCAAAUUCGAUUACAUAAAAACUUCCAAACAAGCUCUAAGAGUUCAAAUAUUUGAGCUUUAAAUUAUUAGGCCCGUGCUUAGUACGGGCUAACUGUGACUAGUUUUCACUUUGUAUGCGCUUAAUUAUUUUUUUGCCACAUCAGCUAUUAGGGUGGAAUAAAAUUCACUCCAAAUACGUUUGGGGGAGGGUAAAAAAAAUACCUUUUUAGUUUAAAUAUUCAAACUUAUUUUUUGGACAAGUUUAAUGGGUCUGUAUUUUGCUCUUAGCUAAAUAACGAGACAAAAUUAUAUGUAUUUUGCCCUUAGCUAAAUAACGAGACAUAAUUAAAAAUUCAAGGGAUAUGUCCAAAAUCAUAUGCAAAUAUGCACUAGCAUUUUCGCGGUUUAACUAAAUAGGGAUCACUAAAGGGUGUGAUGUAGUGGAUGAGAUUGCUCCUCCCUUAACUAGAGGUCUCGGAUUCGAGCCUGGGUAUGUAAAAAUCCUUGGUAGGGAGCACUCCCCCCGAAUGGGGUCCUACACAGUGCGAAUCCGGAUAUAAUCGGACUCCAAUACGGGUACCAGACAUCGAUUGAGAAACAAAAAAAUAAAAAAAUAAAAUAAAUAGGGAUCUUGACUUGAAAAGAAUAAACAGGUCGGUUCGAUUUCGGGCUCGGGCUCGGGUAAGAGAGACGUAAAACCCCGAAUCGAGUUGAGUCGGCAAACGCUUCAUACCUUUUUCUAUAAAUCUGCCACUGAUUCGAAUUAGAGAAAGCCUUGAAAAGGCAAUGGCCAUCACACGGAGACCCGCCGACAUUGGCAAACCUAAAGAACAAAGGGCGGUGGAAGCGUCCGAAGUCAAACAUAAUUUGGUUACAGAACUUGUGAAAAACUUCGGCGGUGGUAGGACUAAAUUUCAGGAUUUUGAUGAGAGAGAACAUAUAGCUGCAGAUGAUGCAGAAAAUCUAUCCGACAUUGAUGAUUUCGAGGUUGUUGGAUAUCUCAAUAACAAGAAGGAGAUGCAUUACAAGAAAAUCUUAUGGGAAAAAAUGAAUAAAGAGUUUGCAAAGAGUGAUGAUAAAUUACAGGGGAAGAAACGAAAACAGGAAACUGGAGGUAAAAAAGAUGUCCGUGCGAAGAGAUCUGCUAAAACAACUGAAAGAGUUGAGAACAAGAGAACAAGUUCGAAAAUAAAUUAUGAUGCUUUGCAGAAGCUGACUGACGAUUUGAAUCAAAUUUCUGAAGAGGCAGAGCUAGGACGAUUGGAACCUAAGGCUUGCGCUAAUGGUGAUUCAGCUGAUAACCUGAAUAUCGGGUUCCAUGAUCUUGAACAGGAGAAUGCGUAUGGUGAAGAUGAUGACUCAUAUAGAGACAAUAAUGAUGAUUCAUGCUAUGGAUAUGAAACUGGAUACUAUAAUAGUGAAGAUUUUGAUACUGAUUAUUGAAUUGCAAAAUUUCUUUUUUAUUUUCUGGGUCUGGUUUAUGUUAUCUUUAGCUUAGAGCUGCCAGAUGCAAAGAAGCGAUAUAAUACAAUGGUUAUAACAUUUUUCUUCUCCACUUUGAGCAAGUGCUUUUUGAUAUUCUCAAGUGUAAAAUAAUCAAUGAAGUGGUAGUUUUCCCUAUUAUAAAGUAACUAAUUCAAAGGUAUAUGAA